CUCAUUUCAUCAAGGAAUCAUGGUCCACUCCUACGGUCUCAAGAGCGGCACUCGCCACCUCUUUGCGAAGAAGUUCCGCAAGCAUGGCAUGCCCUCCGUCUCGACGAUCCUCACGAAUGUGAAGAUCGGGGAUUACGUUGACGUCGUCGCGGACUCCGCUGUUCGCGCGGGGAUGCCGCAUAAAUACUACCACGGCCGCACGGGCAUCGUCUGGAACGUCACCCCGCGUGGCGUGGGGGUGAUUAUCAACAAACCCGUCCGAACCCGCACCCUGCGCAAGCGCAUCUGCGUUCGCUUCGAGCACAUCCGCAAGUCGCGCUGCCAGGAGGCGUUCAAGCAGAAGGAGCGCGACUUCCAGGCCUUCCAGGCGGCGAAGAAGGCCGGCAAGGCGCUCCCGGAGCCGAAGAAGAGCAACCGCCUCGGCGGGAUGGUGCGGCCGAAGAACGUGGAGGUGCUCGCCCGCUGCGCCUCCGACUACGACGCCUACAUGCCCUACUAAAGGGGUUUGAGACCGCAAGAUGAUCGGUAUCGACCAAGGUGAAUCGACCUCACCCCAUCGCACCGGGAAAAGAGGCGUGAAGGUUGGAGCUGGGAGAUGACGUUUCCUUGUUUCAUGAGAGUUUAUUUUUAAUUUAGUGUUAUUUCACUCACCCAAAAA